AUGCAGACCACGUUCGUGACUGUUGCGCUAUCGCUCGCCGUAGCGUGUCUCGUUGGCCCGGCAUCCGCCAGCAUCGUAUUCGAUCGUGCCUGCCCGGCGGGGAUCGAAGCGAUGCAGUACUUCUCGGUGCAGAGCUAUCUCGGCAAGUGGUACGAGAUCCAACGCUACGAGAGUGAGUUCGAGCUGAACUAUGACUGCGUGCAGGUGCGCUACACACUGAACGAGGACGAAUCGGUGGAGGUGUCCAACUCGGCCUACAACCUGUUCAAUGGAUCGUCGAUAAACGCGCUCGGGCGGGCUGUGCUCUCCUUCCCCGAUGAGGAGAUCAUUCAGGGCAAGCUCAACGUGUCGUUCUUCGGCGCUCCUAACGAUCUCUCGAACUACUGGGUACUGGACACGGAUUACCAGACGUUCUCAGUCGUCUGGAACUGUCAGCCGCUUGGUGACGAUCAGUCGGAGGAAAGCUUCUGGGUGCUGUCCCGCACACCGACCCUACCCGCCAACACGGACAUAAUGUUCCGCAUCCAGUACAUCAUGCGACGUUACAUCGAUCGUAGCCAGGUGCGGUUCACCCGGCAACAAGAUGAUCGGUGUCCCGUGUUUUAG